AUGGCAGCUACUAUACCAGAAUCAUCAACAAGCAAGAACCUAAAUACAAAAAAUGCACUUCUUUUUAAUGAAUUCAUUAAUAUCAAUAAGUUCGGAUAUAAAAGUGCAGAUGAUGAGGAUACAUUUGGUGAUGAAACUAUGAGUUACAGGUCUGGAAGUUGUGAUGGAAGUAAUAAUCAUAAUUUUGACAAUAUUGAUAUGUUUACCUUGGAUAAAAUGAGCUUUGAAAGAGCCAGAAUUUUUGCUGAGAAUAAAGAGAUUUGUUAUAAUACUUUUUUGGAGAAAGAUGAUGAAUUUGAAGUAGAUUCGGAAUUUUCAACAGAGCUAGAAUUAACAUCGACCUUAACAUGUAAUGAAAGUAUAGAAUUGGAAGAUGAUAAUAGCA